AUGAAGUGCCUCUCUUUGCUACCUCUAAUAGCCGCCGCGGUGGUCUCGGCCCUCUCUAUCGAUCGUCGCUACCAACAAAUCGCCUUGGAGAAGGAACAACCUAUCCAACAGGAUAGAUAUCUGGUUGAAAUCAGCCCGGGAAAUACAUUAUGGGUAUCCGAGGAGGAUAAAUGGGCGCUGAAGCGAAUUGGCAUCAAGUUCAUGGACAUCACGGAGAAUGGACAUACGUAUCCAUACGUGGCACUCACAGAAAGCGAACCGAUGUCCAUCACCUACCCAUCCAAGGCCGAGCACAAGAAAGUGGUCAAGGCCCUGGCGGAAAAACUGGACAAGGACAACAUGCGGAAGCAUCUCGAGGGCCUCACUUCCUUUCACACUCGGUAUUACAAGAGCCAAUAUGGUAUUGAUGCAGCUACGUGGCUUUACGAGCAGAUAUAUCAAGUUAUGUCAGACUCAGGCGCCUUCGAGUACGGGGCCAGCUUGAAUAAAUUCUCGCACCCAUGGGGCCAGUUCAGUAUUAUCGCACAAAUACCGGGACAAACCAACCAUACAGUGGUGAUUGGAGCACACUUGGACAGUAUCAACAUGUUUUUGCCAUCUAUCUUGGCUGCCCCCGGUGCGGACGACGAUGGUAGCGGCUCGGUCACGAUCCUCGAGGCGCUGACGGCGCUUCUGGGGGCGCCGGAAAUUGUCAAAGGGGGAGCUGAAAACACCAUCGAGUUCCAUUGGUACUCUGCUGAAGAGGGUGGCCUCUUGGGAAGCCAGGCGAUCUUCAAAUCGUACCAUGAGAGCCAGAAAGAAGUCAAGGCCAUGAUUCAACAAGACAUGACGGGAUACGUCGAGCAGACACUGGCACAUGGGCAACCAGAAUCAGUGGGAGUGAUAACGGACUACGUCAAUGCCAACCUCACGGAAUUCGUCAAGGAGAUUAUCAAUGCCUACUGCGACAUUCCUUACACGUUGACGAAGUGUGGAUAUGCCUGUUCGGAUCACGCGUCGGCGAGCAAAUAUGGGUACCCGUCGGCAUUUGUGAUUGAAUCGGAUUUUGAAUAUUCAGACAAGAAGAUUCACACGACGGAAGACCAGAUCAAGUAUUUGAGUUUUGAUCAUAUGCUGCAGCAUGCGAAGAUGACAUUGGGGUUUGCAUAUGAAGCGGCAUUGGCCAAAUUUUAG